AUGUCGAGGUCGAGACCCACCAGCGGGGCCUUGAUGCCCGGCGCCGUCAUCUUAACACCACCGACUCUCUCGGAAAUUCUCUCUAAUAUCUCUACGCCGCCAUGGACACUGGCAGCAUUUAUGGCAUACCUUUCUCAGAACCACUGCCUGGAAACCCUGGAAUUCACUAUGGACGCCGACAGAUACCGCAAGGCAUACGAGCAAAUCAUCACCAACCAGGAAUGGAUCGGAGAUGGCAAAGAGCAUGUCUGCUCGUUGUGGGAGAAGCUCAUGCAAGCAUACAUCAUCCCAUACGCGCCGCGGGAGGUCAAUCUUCCUUCACCCGUGCGGAAUCAUCUUACGAACCUAGACUGCUCCUCGACCCCACCUCCUCCAAGUGAACUCGACGACGCCGUCAGGAUCGUCUACGAGCUCAUGAACGAUUCUGUACUUGUGCCCUUCAUCGAGUCGGUCCAACCGGGCCAUGGCGAUUGUCGUACAGCGGAGGACGAAGGGCGACCUGGUCGCCUGCGCCUCCGGGCCGAGGGUGCUGGGGCUAGGUCAGAAGAGCCCGUGAAGUCUCCCAAGUUCCUACCCCAGCUGACUUUGGGUCGCAGUGGUGCCACAAGUCGGUCGGCUUCUGCGUCGGGCGAACACGCUGAACGCGAGGGAUUGACAGAUGAUAGUGGAAGCGCUGUUUCUCCUGGUACAGAGCCAAUGACUCCUCCCACUACUCCGCCAACUUCAGACUGGACAUUCAGCACUUCUCCGGGUGGACUUCAACGGGCAUUAACUGCACACAACAACGGGUGGAAGAAAGUUGGCGCCAAGUUGGGCCUGCAUCGCAAAUCCCGCUCUAACCGACGAAACAACCCGACAUCAUCGGCCCCGGAACCAGAGGUCAUGCCAUCAACUACAUCCACCACACCAGCGACAUCAUCUUCUCACCUCCCUCUGGACGGCUUCUCACGUGUCCGUCACCUUUUCAACCCGUGGGAGGAGCCUCAUCCAGGCAAACGACUACCUCUCGCGGCGUCAGAGGCCGGCAGUGAAAUUAAGAAGGUUGCUUUUGCUGGUCCACAAUACAUCAACAAUGGUGGAUGCAAAGGUGGCAUGGCCGCAAAGGAAUUUAGCGCUUACCACAACCCACGACCUUGGAUGGUACGACGCCCUAUUCGAGUUCGAUCGCGAACCAACACUCCCGCUCCCCUGAGGAUCACUACGGAGAUAUCUGAAGACGCCAAGUUGAAGCCGAUUUCUGUUCACAAUAUGGGAAUUAUUUCUCCUGCGGUACCCACUACAGCCAUACCUGCGGCUGUAACAGGAAGUUCUGGUGAACCGACUGGCAGAAGUUUCACCGACGAGUUAGCUGCCAAGGAGAUCGAUGCAAGCGAGCUGCCCUUGCCCGCAUCUCCGCCAAUCGAUUGCCCAUUCACGGACUUUUCGAACCUGCUGGGCAUCAACGUUCAUCCUCCACCAGAGGAUGAGGCCGUUGCAAUGCCUAACGAUGAGCCUGCAUCGUAUUGCCAUGCCGCACUCGACGAGGAUCUCUAUGGAUGGGAUGCCGAGCUUGAGCGGCAAAGCCAGCAAAGCAGCCCGAUUCUGCCUUACCCGUGCGACGCUGAUUACCAAUACCGACGGACGAGCAUGACGAAGCGUAGCCUCUUGCAUCGAGUCUUGAGCAUGGGAGGUUCGCCCAAAGAUGUCAACAUUGAAGUGCGCAGAGCUAGCAGCACCUCCAGCUAG